AGAACCUCUCCGCCCGUCACUCCUCGCCUCAGUCUCCUCUUUCCUCUCCCAGGCGAGAGGACCAGCGGAGGCAUCUCUCCCGAGUCUUAGACUGCGCAGUCUGAGACUUAGAGAGAGGAGCCCGGGAGGAGACAGACUUUUCUCUCCCUUUCCCAUCCUGUCUUUUUUCUCAGAGGCAAGCAGAGGCGCGGAGCUUUAGAAAGUUGAGUGGUCAGGAAGGUAGGUGCUUCCCUUUUCCCCCUCACAGCGAGGUGGGGCUGGGACCCCCGGAUCCAGCUUCUCACCUCGUAAGGUGCACCUUUUUCGGCUCUAGCAGCCAAUGCGCAUCGGAGCCGCUCUCUGCAGAGCCAGAGGGUGGGUCGGCUUCUCGGUGUGUGCCUAAGAGAAUGGAUCGUAGGUCCCGGGCUCAGCAGUGGCGCCGAGCUCGCCACAAUUACAACGAUCUGUGCCCACCCAUAGGCCGCCGGGCAGCCACCGCGCUCCUCUGGCUCUCCUGCUCCAUCGCGCUCCUCCGCGCCCUUGCCACCUCCAACGCCCGCGCCCAGCAGCGCGCGGCUGCCCAGCAGCGCCGGAGCUUCCUUAACGCCCACCACCGCUCCAGCGCCCAGGUGUUCCCCGAAGCCCCCGAAUCUGACCACGAGCGCGAGGAGGCAGACCUCGAGGUGUCCCUCCCCGAGUGCCUAGAGUACGAGGAGGAGUUUGACUACGAAUCCGAGACCGAGACCGAGUCUGAAAUCGAGUCCGAAACCGACUUCGAGACUGAGCCCGAGACCGCCCCCACCACUGAGCCCGAGACCGAGCCCGAAGACGAGCGCGGUCCUGUGGUGCCCAAGCGCCCCACUUUCGGGGAAAGGGGCUCUCUCGCCGAGCGCCUGCACGCUCUGAGGCUGCGGAGCCCCGACGCCUCCCCGAGUCGCGCGCAGCCUAGCACUCAGGAGCCCCAGGGCCCCAGAGAGGGGGAGGAGCCCGAGCCCGAGGACAAGGAUCCGAGGGACCCCGAGGAGUCCGAGGAGCGGAAGGAGAAGCAGCAGCGCCGCUGCAAGCCGAGGAAGCCCACCCGCCGCGACCCAUCCCCGGAGUCUCCUUCCAAAAGGGGACCCAUCCCCAUCCGGCGUCACUAAUGGACGACGCGCCCCAGAUUCUCCUUGUUUUCUUUGACCCAGGUGCUGGAGAAUCUGGUAAAAGCACCAUUGUGAAGCAAAUGAGGAUCCUGCAUGUUAAUGGGUUUAAUGGAGAGGGCGGCGAAGAGGACCCGCAGGCUGCAAGGAGCAACAGCGAUGGUGAGAAGGCAACGAAGGUGCAGGACAUCAAAAACAACCUGAAAGAGGCCAUUGAAACCAUUGUGGCCGCCAUGAGCAACCUGGUGCCCCCUGUGGAGCUGGCCAACCCUGAGAACCAGUUCAGAGUGGACUACAUUCUGAGCGUGAUGAACGUGCCCGACUUCGAUUUCCCUCCCGAAUUCUACGAGCACGCCAAGGCUCUGUGGGAGGACGAGGGAGUGCGUGCCUGCUACGAGCGCUCCAACGAGUACCAGCUGAUCGACUGCGCCCAGUACUUCCUGGACAAGAUCGAUGUCAUCAAGCAGGCUGACUAUGUGCCCAGCGAUCAGGAUCUGCUCCGCUGCCGCGUCCUGACUUCUGGAAUCUUUGAGACCAAGUUCCAGGUGGACAAAGUCAACUUCCACAUGUUUGACGUGGGUGGCCAGCGCGAUGAACGCCGCAAAUGGAUCCAAUGCUUCAAUGAUGUGACUGCCAUCAUCUUCGUGGUGGCCAGCAGCAGCUACAACAUGGUCAUCCGGGAGGACAACCAGACCAACCGCCUGCAGGAGGCUCUGAACCUCUUCAAGAGCAUCUGGAACAACAGAUGGCUGCGCACCAUCUCUGUGAUUCUGUUCCUCAACAAGCAAGACCUGCUCGCUGAGAAAGUCCUUGCUGGAAAAUCGAAAAUUGAGGACUACUUUCCAGAAUUUGCUCGCUACACUACUCCUGAGGAUGCUACUCCCGAGCCCGGAGAGGACCCACGCGUGACCCGGGCCAAGUACUUCAUCCGCGACGAAUUUCUGAGAAUCAGCACUGCUAGUGGAGAUGGGCGCCACUACUGCUACCCCCACUUCACCUGCGCUGUGGACACGGAGAACAUUCGCCGUGUGUUCAACGACUGCCGUGACAUCAUCCAGCGCAUGCACCUUCGUCAGUAUGAGCUGCUCUAAGAAGGGAACCCCCAAAUUUAAUUAAAGCCUUAAGCACAGUUAAUUAAAAGUGAAACGUAAUUGUACACGCAGUUAAUCACCCACCAUAGGGCAUGAUUAACAAAGCCACCUUUCCUUUCCCCCUCGAGUGAUUGGCGAAAUCCCUGUUCCCUUCAGCUUGCUUAAAUAUAUUCCAAAUUUAGAAAGCUUAAGGCGGCCUACAGAAAAGAAAAAGGCCACAAAAGUUCCCUCUCUCUUUCAGUAAGUAAAAUAACAGCAGCAAACAGAAAUAAAGAAAGAAAUGAAAUAAAUAUCGUCUUGUGGAGCAUUAAAAAAAAUCAAAAUAAAAAUUAAAUGUGAGCAAA